AUGGAAAUGGAGUCUAAGGCAAACACAUCUUUAUCAUCGUCAUUCGUAACAGCAAUAACCACAACAACAUCCACAAUACCAUCGGUACAAGAAGACUAUCAGAACAUUGCUACAUACAAUGCCAUGCAGCAACGUCACAUUUUUGAUCGUGAAAAAAUCAAUCUUGAAUCACAUCAGUUAGUAUGGUUAGAUCCAACGGUCGAUAGAAACCAAGAAAGUGAUGCGUUAGCUUCGCUCGAAAACUUAAGAAAAAUUGUUGAUUAUACAAAACUAUUUAACAAUGUUGAACAAUGUCAGCAGUUUAUUGAACAAACUAAGGUCACGACUACAUUUAUAAUCACAUCUGACGACCUAGGUGAACAGUUGGUAUCUAACGUUUACAAUCUCAAGAACGUCUAUUCGAUUUAUAUUUAUAAUACGACCAACAAUUAUCAACAAGAAUGGAUCUCAAACUAUUCAAAGAUUAAGCAAGUAUAUUCAAACAUUGAACAAUUAUUAAACGAGCUAAAGGAUGAUGUUGAUAAAUAUUUAAACCAUGAUAACGAGACGAUUUUUGGAAAAAUCCGACAAGAAAAUACUACCGAUGGAUUUAUGAGUUUAUUGGUAGAUAUCGUUGACAUCUUGUGUUAUUUACCAUAUCCAGAAGAUUGUCGACGUAAAUUUAUUGAAACAUUAAGAGAGUAUUAUAAUGGUAAAGCAGCAGAACUAGCAGUUCUGAAAAAUUUUGAACAAGACUAUAGAUCGGACAAAGCUAUUUGGUGGUAUACACGUGACAAUUUUGUUCAUCGUUUAUUAAAUCGUGCCUUACGGCAACAGAAUAUUGAAGUACUGUUUUUAUUCGGAUUCUUUAUACAGGAUAUAUAUCAACAAUUGAAACAUAAACGAUCCAUUCAGAAUUUAGAUGGACCAUUAAUUGUAUACCGAGGACAAUUUAUAAGUCGCGACGAAAUCAACAAGAUUAAAGAAUGUGACUAUGAUACGGCAUCAUCAAUUGUAAACAAUAGUUUCUUCUCAGCGACCACUAAUCGUGAUUUAGCGUUAUUGUUUACAAAUCAAUCACAACCUGACGAUGAGAUUCAGUGUGUUUUAUUUGAAAUUGAAAUUGAUGCUCGCCUAAAAUCUCGUUCUUACGCUGAUAUUACUGCUUUGAGCAACUUUCCAGAUGAAUCUGAAAUAUUAUUUAUGAUCACAACAUAUUUUGAGAUCGAACCCGAUGAUGUUAAAUACGAUGACGAUAAAAAAAUUUGGAUAGUUAAACUGAAUUUAGCAAAUGAUGAUCAUGUAAAAGAUGAUCGAGAAUUUAAAAGUGUAAGCAAGAGAAAAACGCUGAAAAACUGUGUUAGUAUAUUUGAAGACGUUCUUUACAAGCAGUCAUCUGACGUCAGAAUUACAAUAUUCAAUGAAUUGAUUAAUUUAUAUCCAUUAGAAAAAUGGCUUUUUGAUAUGAAAGAUUAUUAUCUUGGUCGCUAUCCUGAAAAACAUAUAGAAGAAAUCUACGCUUCAGUGUUAUCAACUCGUUCUGAAGUAUUGACAAUGUGGUUUGAAUACAUCAAUGAUGCAGAAUUAAAUUGCUACGUCGAUGUUGGUAAAAUUUACAAAGGUAUUGGUGACUGUUAUCCAGAUGAAUUAGAUGAUAAAAAUGCGGCUACAAAACAUUAUGAUCUAGCUAUUGAGUAUUUUGAAGCAGCGAUUGAACAUACUGCGACGGAUUAUGAAAAGAUAGAGAUAUUCGAUCUGUUAAGUGAUGUGUACAAAAGCAAGAUGGAAAUCAGCAAUGACGAGAAGGAACAAAUACAUAAUUGUUCACUAGUCAUACAUCACGUGCAACUAAGUAUUGAAAAGUUGUUAGUACAUCGUUCAUCUGAUUAUUGCGGUAUUGCCAAUCGGAGAGAAGAAUUAGCUAAUUUUCAACAAGCGAUAUAUAAGUAUGACGAUGCAUUAACUAAUUAUGAAGAAGCGAUUAAAGUUUAUAUGAAACAGUUCGAACCAAAUUUAUGUUGGAUUAAAGCUACUUGUGAGAAAAUAAUUCGAAUCUAUUGUAAACAUAAAGAUGCGUAUAACUCAGCACUUGAAUACCAGUUAAUGAAACACGAUUGUACAUUGAAAAUCAAUGCAUCAAAACCAAAAGACUAUAUGUCGGAGAUAGUUGCGAGUCAUGUCGAAUUAGCUGAUCUUUAUGUAGCACUGCAUCAGUACGUUUCAGCUAAAGAACAAUUGAUGGCAAUAAUGAAACUAUAUCAGGAAUCUAAGUUAUUCAGCAAAAAAGAAAUAACAGCUGUUAAAGAAAAAUUAGACAAUCUGCAUAAACAAUUAGACCGAUGUGACUUAGAUGAUGAACAUUUAACAAUACUAAAGAAUUUGUAUCAAGAAGUCAAAAGCGAUUUGCAGAGUAUGAUAGCGGACGAUCGGUCCAGAAAUAAAAGUGAACCUUUGCCAGGUUUACAAACCGGUACAUUUACUGUUGUACACAGAUUCGGCUUGUUCACUGAACUAAAAAAAGUAUGA